UUUAACCUCUGAGGCAAAACAAACCGAGCUAAAAAGUGUGAGAACGAGGAUACAGAUAUUGUAUAAAAAGCGAUUUAAAAUUUAUAAAUAUGAAUUUUGGGAAUAGAACUAAGAGACAGAAGAGGAUAAAGGUUGAAAAUAGUGAUCCAUCGGAAAGAAAGUAUGCUCAUACCAUUCAGUUUUAUCGUGAACCUCCGACCGAUAACAUCUCUCUUCAAGAAUUUGAGGACCUUGCUAUUCAGCGUCUAAAGGUUCUUAAAGUCAUUGAGUCAAUGUCGUUUAAAGAAAAAAAGGGAUCAAAACAAUACCAGAAAGCUCUUGAAACAGAAUUCGCUAAAGACAAAUUUCUACCAAAAGCUAAGUUUCAAGGUGGAAAUACGGCAGCAGAAAUUCAGAAGAGACGUUCCGACCACAUAUCCCACUACAUCCUUCGACUAGCGUAUUGCAAAUCAGAUGAGUUAAGGAGAUGGUUCAUAACUCAAGAACUUGAGUUGUUUCGAUUUCGGUUCCUAGACGAAAACGUUGAUCUCAGAACACAGUUUUUGAUUGACAACGAUCUCAACUAUGAGCCUAUUGAUGCACAAGAGAAGGAAGCAAUUAAAAAGCAGUUGGUUGAAUCCAGUUACAGCAUGACAGAAAUGAGUAUUGCAGGAGUAGAUUUUUAUAAGGUUCCUUUCACUGAAGCACUCGAUCUUGUCAGAUUGAGGAAGAUUUUUGUUAAGAAGGGCUAUGCAUACGUACCGAACAAUGAGCUAGUGUCAAUUGUAUUGAGCGCGUACCGUGCUCACCUGUCACAUGCACUUGCCCUGACGGCGCGAGCGGUUCCACAACUUGAAGAAGACAACCGACUUCUCCCUCUUCUCAACAAUCUAAGUAAGCAGUACCUUGGACAGGACUAUGGAAACAAGCAGACAAAUGCUGGUAAAGUUUCCAUAGGGGAAUUGGAAAGUUUAUCUCGCAAGUCCUUCCCACUGUGCAUGCGCCACCUACACGCUUCCUUGAAGGAGAAUCAUCACCUCCGCUACUGGGGGCGUAUGCAGUACGGCCUCUUUCUCAAAGCCAUUGGGAUCACGUUAGAACAAGCACUCAUAUUUUGGAGGUCAGAGUUCAGUAAGGUGAUGGAUGUUGAUAAGUUUGACAAGCAGUAUGCGUACAACAUCCGCCACAACUAUGGUAAAGAGGGCAAACGUGUUGAUUACACGCCAUACAGCUGUAUGAAGAUUAUUAUGUCCAAUCCUCCCGCUACUGGGGACCAUCACGGCUGUCCAUUUCGCCACACUGAUGCUACCAUCCUCAAGCAGCAGUUGUCCACCUACAAUGUCCCUAAGGAUGGUAUUGAUUCUAUCAUGGGUUACAUGAAUGGUGGACAUUGCCAGCUGGCUUGCUCGAGAUACUUUGAUAUUACACAUCAGUUGCCAGAAGGAACUACAUCUAUACAACAUCCAAAUCACUACUUUGAAGAAAGUAGGAAAGUGUUGACUGGGGAGAGACCAUCUAAAGAAGCGUUUGCCUCGCAGUCGUCACAGAUGAGCAGUGCUACUCGUGGGUCACAAGACAGUCAACCUUCUGCGGUCGGUGAUGACUUCGGUGACGAGACCGGUUUUUCAUUGGACGACCUGGACAAGAUGGAGGCGGAAUUAGUGUGACAUGCCCUGAGGAGUCAGCAUUAAUGAAACAAUUGAUUAUGCUGUGCAAGUUGUAUUCUACUAAGUCUCAUGUUACAAAUAAUGGUAGUGUAUUUUAAGGACUCGCAGUAUAUUAAUCUAUAGAAGUGUCAUUUUGGGAUUCAAAUGUAAAGUUAAACUUACGACUGGUAAUAUUUUGUUAUUUCGUUUAACCUCGACAGUGUUUUAACACCGUUUUUAUUUAAUUAUAAUAUAAAUUUUUUAUAGAAUCUAAAUUAAUCAAAUUAGUCUGCCAGAAUAUACUGUAUAUAUAUCAAAAGCCCGAAAUAAAAGUGCUCCUUAUCCUUCGUAAAUUACCGAACAUUGCUUCCGAUAAGCUGAACGCCAACAUCCCUAUAUUCUUUACAUACUGAUUUGAUUUUCCAGUCGGUUUGGUAGGCCUUCUGAGCCGUAUAUUUGGAUUAGGUGUGAAUCAGAUAUAUAAAAUAUCUUACUAAAUCAUCCUUCAGUAGGAUAGUAUUUUUGGAUUAAAGAAGGAAGUUCUUCAUCUCAGAGCCUUGGGAUGAACAGUGACUGAGAAAUUAUGUUUCCUUUGGCCUUCCAGUGAAAGAGUCUCUAAUGAACAAACAGAAAAUUAAGGCUGCUAUGCAGUUUUACCUUAUGAGACUUGUCAUCCCAAAACCAGCGUGCUGUUUGCUAAAUGUUAACUGAUUAAUUUGCACAAGAAUGUAUUGUACCAGUUUUGUAUACAGUACUUUAGUAUGAGAAGCCGUAAUACUUUUACUCAUAACCUUGGCAAAAGUCAACUCCCAUCAUUUUAAAGCUUAUACAGAAAUGUGCAAAAUAAGAAUAUAUUAAA